CGCCGCCGCCGGGGGUCUGGCGUGCCCCGCCACCCCGGGCAGCUGGGUGCCGAGGCCGCCGGCGGAACAUGGCGCCCUGCACGUUCUGGCGCUGCUGCCAGCGCACCGUGGGCUGGGUGCCGGUGCUCUUCAUCACCUUCGUGGUCGUGUGGUCCUACUACGCGUACGUGGUGGAGCUGUGCGUGUGAAAGGCCGUUGUUUACCUUGUGGCUUUCCAUCUGUUCAUUGUUAUGUUUGUAUGGUCCUAUUGGAUGACAAUUUUCACAUCUCCCGCUUCCCCCUCCAAAGAGUUCUGCUUGUCCAAUUCUGAAAAGGAACGUUACGAAAAGGAAUUCAGCCAAGAAAGACAGCAAGAAAUUUUGAGAAGAGCAGCAAGGGACUUACCUGUCUACACCACAGCAGCUUCAAAGACCGUCAGAUACUGUGAAAGAUGUCAGCUGAUUAAGCCUGACCGUGCGCAUCACUGCUCAGCAUGUGACAUGUGUGUUCUUAAGAUGGAUCACCACUGCCCUUGGGUGAAUAACUGUGUGGGAUUUUCUAAUUACAAAUUCUUCCUGCUAUUUUUAUUGUACUCUCUAUUAUAUUGCCUUUUCGUGGCUACAACAGUUUUACAGUACUUUAUAAAAUUUUGGACGAAUGAACUCUCAGAUACACGUGCAAAAUUCCACAUACUUUUUCUAUUCUUUGUGUCGACAAUGUUCUUCAUCAGCGUAUUGUCCCUUCUCAGCUACCACUGCUGGCUAGUUGGAAAAAACAGAACAACCAUAGAAUCAUUCCGUGCACCCACAUUUUCAUAUGGACCUGAUGGAAACGGUUUCUCGCUUGGAUGCAGUAAAAAUUGGAGACAAGUCUUUGGUGAUGAAAAGAAAUAUUGGCUACUUCCAAUAUUUUCAAGUCAGGGUGAUGGCUGCAGUUUUCCAACUCGUCUUGUGGGGACGGAUCCAGAACAAGCAUCUGUUUCAAACCACAGCGAAAAUACCAGAAGUAUUGGCUCAAAUCCACCCUUUCCUAUCAAACCGCUUAGUGAAUCAAAAAACCGCUUGUUGGACAGUGAAUCUCAGUGGCUGGAGAAUGGAUCCGAAGAAGGUGUUAUCAGAUCAGGUUUAUAAAAAACAUUAUGGACUGAAUAUUUUCAGUUUUAUACGCAAGAUGAUGAUCAGUGGAAUUAAAUAAUUGAAGUAUAAAUGAAGAUAUAUUUUUUAAAAAAGGAAA